GGGCUUGGCCUCACUGAACACCAAGCCUACCUUUUACAGAAUGUUCCCAGAACGGACAGGAAUCAGCGAGACUCAAGAUGAGGAGCUUUCCCGUGCUUCUGUUGGCUGCAUUAGCAUCCCUGGUGGAGAGUGAAGAGGGUAGCAAGCACCAUGGUCGAGUUAAACGGGAGUCCUUGUCACGUUCCAAAAGAAGAUGGGUUCUUUCUACAAUAGAACUACAAGAGGAAAUGGAUGUGAAAUACCCUUAUCAAAUCACUACACUGUACAAUGACAAAACUGGUGAUAAAGAUCAUCAGUUUAUAAUAAGAGUAGCCGGUGGGCAUGAAGGGCUGUUCAGCAUUAAUGAAACAUCAGGAGAUGUCUUUGUACACAGACGUAUUGACAGAGAGAAGGACCCCUUCUUCCAUAUUAUAUUUGAUGUCUUCGACAAAUCGGACAACUCGAGAAUUGACAAACAACUAUCAUUUGAUGUAGACAUAAAAGACAUAAAUGACAACGCACCAAAGUUCAAUAAUAUUGAGAUCAAAGACGGCGUGGAGGAAAACAUAAAGCCGGGAUACCUGCCAAUAUCAAUGGAGAUCAAAGAUGAUGAUCAGGAAGGCACAAUAAACUCAACAGUUGUGGUCAGCGUAGCUAAACAAACACCAGCUGAACCAAAGAUUGAAAUAACGAAUGUUAAUGGAAAACUAUACCGACUCACAUUUGGAGGAUGUUUUGACUAUGAUAAAGCAAAGAAGUAUUCAGUUGUUAUUUUAGCAUCUGAUCUGGGAAAGCCAGCCCUUUCCAGCUCUACUACUGUUACAUUUAAUGUUAAUGACACAAACAGCCAUCAACCAAAGUUUACGAAGAGACAGUACCAAGCUGAGGCUAUGGAAAUGACCCUCUAUAAGGAGAUUUUAAGAGUUGCUGUAGAUGACAAGGAUACUCCCGGCACUCCCGGUUGGAAAGCUGAGUACUACUUUAUAAGCGGCAAUGAAGAUAAAACGUACAAUAUCACCACUGACCCCAAAACAAACGAGGGAAUUAUUGGUAUUGCCAAGGAGAAGAAUUUUGAGAUAACCAGUUUGGUAAAACUGCAAAUUGGAGUUAAGAACCUUGAACCCAUGUCACUCUGUAAAGAUGGAAAAUUAAUUACAGAUUCAAGCCAGCUUCCUCCCCCAGAUUCUGUUAACAUCACAGUGAGAAUGAAUGACACUAACGACGCCCCAGUGUUUGCAAAAUAUACUGACGACAUAUACCAGACGGAGGAAUCAGAGCCAGGACAGUCGCUGUAUACUCCUAAAGUCGAUGAUGUUGACUCCUCUAACAUCAGGUUUGAACUGAGAGAAGACCCUGCUAACUGGGUGACUAUUGAUAAGAAAACAGGACAAAUCACAACAAUCGAGAAGAUGGAUAGAGAGUCACCGUUUGUUGAUGAAAAUAAUAUUUACAGAAUUGUUGUAGCUGCCAUUGAUGAUGGUGCACCUCCAGCCACAAGUACAUGUACCCUCAAUGUCCACCUAAGAGAUAUAAAUGACAACACUCCCACGCUGGUCAACAAGACAGUCCUAUUGUGCCGAAACCAUGUGGAAACUCUAAAAAUCACGGUACCUGUGAAGGAUGCUGAUGCAGAUCCUUACAGUGGACCCUUUGUCUUCUCCUUGGCAAAGGAUGGCACUGAGUGGGAUAACUGGCAAUUAGAAAGUACCUAUGGUGAACAGGUCGUUCUUGUUAUUCGGGAGAAGAUUCCCUAUGGUAACUACUCAGUGCCACUGGAAAUUCAGGACAAGCAGAAUCAAGCUUCAAAGGAGACUCUGGGAGUGGAGGUGUGUGACUGUGAUGAAAGUGGUGUUUGCCAUGAACAUAAACCUCCUGCCAUUGUCCUUGAUGGAGCAGCCAUAGGACUAAUUAUUGCAGGACUGCUUGCAUUUCUGUUACUUCUCGCCGUUUUUGUGUGCAAUCGAGGUUGGGACUUUACAUAUGUGGAUAUGGAUGAAGGCACUCAGACGCUGGCCAAGUAUAACGAAGAAGGUGGUGGUAGUGACUGCAAGACCGAGCCUUUGAUCCUAACACCAGGAGGUUUAGGGAAUGUCACAGAUGGCAUGAAGAUUUCCUACAUGCAGAACACUGAGACAGCCCCAGGAUUUGUCUAUAGUAAAGGAACGUACAGCACAGCAACUUUCAGCCAGAACUCAAACAUGAACACAAUGGAGUCAGUGAAGCAGAGACCACUAAGAAACUCUAUGAGGGUUUCCAGACAAAGCUCAAAAUGGACAAAAAGCAGGAGCAGCACAAUUCAGAGCAACUCAACCUUCAACCAUUCUAUGAGACUAACGCAAGACCUCAUAAAUACUGGGAUUACAACAAUGAAAAAAGGAGUUGACAUAGAUACCUCAUAUCCUAUUGACUAUUCCCUAACUUAUGCUGAGGAGGGGACAGCAGACAUCUGUCAUCUGUCAAUGGAGCAGCUGCCAAACGACGACCAGGAUUUUAAAUUUCUGGACAAUCUGGAGCCACAAUUCAAGACCUUGGGAAACAUUUGUUUGGAGUCAAUUCAAACAAAGACGUCUUGAGCUGUAAAAGAAUGCUGGAAGGAAACUUGCGUGGCAUAUAAGUCACUCAUACCUUCUUCAAAGGGUACAAAUACAAAUGGACUUUCUGAGAAGUGUAUCAACAGAAUAGCUGCAUUUUGUACAUUAUGUACAUCACAUACACAUCACACAUCUUUAAAUCCAUGAAACAGGGCUUGUGUGGUAGCAGCUGCAGUUUGCUUGCUGCUAUAAGCACUAGGUUAUGCUCCAUCAAUUACAAAAAGCUGCAUUUUGUUAGAAAUAUGAUAUUUGCUUGUUUCUUAGUUUGGUAAAGUGAUUUAUGUUUAAAAGCAAUUUUUUGUUGUGGUGUUUUGGAUUUCAUUUGUAACACUAAACAGAAGUAAACUUGUGGAAACUGGGAUUUAAAAAAAAUAGCUUGUACAAUAGUAACCUUUUGUAGAGGGUUCUUUAUGUGCAUCAACACAAAGACUGGGGAAAGUCAAUAAUACUCAGCCAUUAAGCUGUAAACGUGUUCAUGCAAUGAUGAGGCACUGGUGGGUGGGGAAUGGAUGGUGAAGAUUUCACAAAAUUUCAAUAAUUUCUUGUUUUGUUAUAUUGGGUUUUUAUAAACCUUACUUAGAUUUUUUUUUUAAGGAAAAAUAUGAAUGUAGUGUUAUGAAAGGAAUUUACAUUUACCAUUACUAAAAAAAAUAUGUUCACAGCAGUAGAAAGGGAAAGUGUUAAGCUUACGUGCCAGUUUUCAUGUGAUCUAAAAGAGCUUUUUAAAUUGGUCGUUCUAUGUUUGUACCCCGUUAAGUUUGUUGGUGGUAUCCAUGGGUUAUGGGUCUUUUUAUCUGGUGAGGCUGUCACAUCUGAAAAAUGCAUAACAGCAUUUUCUAUUUGCACUGGGAAGUUCGGUUUUCAAAGUUCAUGUCCGGGAAUGGGACCCUGCUCCCAACUUCCCCAAAAGUUUGAAUUGCAACUUAAAAAAGGGUUCAUGGUGCUCUGUCUAAAGCAGCUUUAUUUUGCCAUAUUGGGUUGAAAUUUGACUCUAGCCAGUCACUCAGUGUUGUUUUAAUAGACACCAUGAAUGCUUUGCCUAUGUAGAGUCCUUUGCAUUUUCUACUUUUGAUGUUUCUCUCUAACUUUUAAAAUUGACAGUGUAGUUUUAAAAUUCUGGGUUUAUUUUUUUUUAAUAAAAUAAAAUAAAAAAGUCUUA